CAUAGCACAAUGUAUACCAUUCUCCCCGUGCAAAACUUCUAAUAAUUAGCUCUCACACCACGUUUGCCUCAGAAAAGAGAGAUCGAGAUGGCAAUAGCACUGCUGCUGACAGCUUUAUUUGUUUGUAUAUCAAGCCUGGUAUUGAGAGCGCUUAACCAGUUGUGGUUUAAGCCUCGAAGAAUUAGGUCAGUGCUUUAUAAGCAAGGCAUUCGAGGACCGAGACCAAGCUUCCCUUUCGGAAACAUUCCUGAGAUGCAGUCCUCCAUCAAGAUUCCUAGUGAUGCUCAGCAACAUGUGCACCACAAUUGGGUUCCCUCCAUAUUCCCAUAUCUUCACAAAUGGGAAAAAAAGUACGGUCCAAUAUACAUGUACUCCACAGGGAGCAAGCAACACCUUUAUGUGAGUGAUCCAAAUUUGUUAAGGGGGAUCAAACAGCAUAACACCUUGGAUCUGGGUAAACCUACGUACCUGGGUAAGCCACUCCAACCCUUGCUAGGUGACGGAAUUGUCAGGUCCAACGGACAACACUGGGCCAACCAGAAAAAAAUCAUUGCUCCCGAAUUCUUCCUUAACAAGGUUAUGGGCAUGGUGGGUUUGAUGCUGGAAUCUACAAUGAAAAUAAUGAAGGAAUGGGAGAGCCGUAUACAAGAAGUUGGUGAGGAUUCGAAUGUUCUUGACAUGAGUAUUGAUAAGGAUUUGAAGACCCUCUCCCGAGAUAUCAUCUCCAGGGCUUGUUUUAGCAGCUCUUACGCUCAAGGAAACCAGAUUUUUGAAAAGAUUUCUCUCAUGCAGGAAGCUUUGUCGAAACCAAGUUUGCUUUUCGGCUUUCUAAAUUUCAGGUUUCUUCCUUUUAACAAUGACAAGAAGAUAUGGAAUUUAAGGAGAGAAGUGGACGCUAUGUUGCUCGAAAUAGUGAGGCAUCGCCAAUCCGGUGGUGGUGUCCACAAUGCACAAAAAGACCUACUACAAGUGCUACUAGAAAGUGCUGCUGCUGCUAACAAUGGGAAGCAUACACCUAAAACUGAACGUUUCGUUUUGGACAAUUGUAGAACUAUCUACUUUGUUGGCUCUGAGACCACUUCUCUGACUGCAUCAUGGACCUUGAUGCUUCUUUCUUUGCACCCCGAGUGGCAGGAGCGUCUUCGAGCUGAGAUUAUUGGCAUUUGUGGGGAUCAUGAUCGACAUGAACUCCAUCGUUGCUUACAAGACAUGGAUACGUUAAGCAAAUUAAAAAUGUUAACAAUGGUGAUUCAAGAGAGCCUGCGUCUUUACGCACCAGCUGUCCUAACACCACGGCAAGCUCUAGCAAACAUGAAAUUGGGGGAUCUUGAUGUGCCACAAGACAUGAUCAUAUGGAUAGCCAUUGCAUCGUUGCACCGUGACCCAAAAAAUUGGGGUCCAGAUGCUAAUGAGUUCAAGCCGGAGAGAUUUGCAAAUGGCGUAACAGAAGCAUGCAAAUUUCCAAAUGCAUAUCUGCCAUUUGGUUUUGGGAGUCGACUGUGUAUAGGCCAGACGUUUGCGAUGAUGGAGCUGAAGAUAGUACUCUCUCUAUUACUAUCGAAGUUCUCAUUUUCGCUUUCACCAAACUAUCACCACUCCCCCGUUUUGAAAAUGGUAUUGGUGCCAGAACAUGGCAUCAAUCUCCUUGUUAGGCGUGUUUAGGCAGCAGCUUAUCAAUUAUGUAUGCAUAAAUGUUAUGAAAUAAAAGUUUUA